AUGGAAGAAUGGAAGCGGAAUGUUGCUCAAAUGGACAAAGACCAUGCCAAAGAAUACAAAAAAGCAAGUCAAGAAAUAAAGAAAUGUGCUGCAGACACCAUACGAUUACAGAAAAAGGUCAAAAAAGGCAAAUCAGAUAUACAGAGUAAAUUAGAAAAUGCCCUACAAGAUGUAAAUGACAAAUAUUUAAUUUUAGAAGAAACAGAAAAGAAUGCUGUACGAACGGCGUUGAUAGAAGAAAGAAGUAGAUUUUGUAUGUUUGUAACAUGUUUCAAGCCAUUUGUGGAAUGGGAAAUCAGUCUUCUCACAGAAAUUACUCACCUCAAAGAGGUUAUGGAUAACUUAGCUAAACAAUCCAGUGACCCACACAUCCUACCCCCAGCAAAAAAUUUUCCCUUUUUUUUUUUCUCUUUUUUUUUUCGUUUUUUUUCUCUCUUUUUUUCUCUUUUCCCUCUCUUUUUUUUCUCUUUUCCCUCUCUUUUUUUUCUCUUUUCCCUCUCUUUUUUUCUCUUUUCCCUCUCUUUUUUUCUCUUUUCACUCUCUUUUCUCUCUUUUUCUCUCUCUUCCUCUCUUUUCUCUCUCUCUUUCUUCUCUCUCUCUCUUUUCUCUCUCUCUCUCUCCUCUCUCUCUCUUCCCUCUCUCUCUCUUUCCUCUCUCUCUCUCUUUCUCUCUCUCUCUCUCCUCUCUUUCUUCUCUCUCUCUCUCUUUCUCUCUCUCUUUCCUCUCUCUCUUUCCUCUCUCUUUCCUCUCUUCCUCUCUCUUUCCUCUCUCUCUCUCUCUCCUCUUUCUCUCUCUCUUUCCUCUCUCUCUCUCUCUCUUUCCUCUCUCUUUCUUUUUUUUCACAUCAUCCUCCAGUAA